AUGCAUCGGAUUCUGCAAUUGGUGCUGUUUUAUCACAGAAACGAGAAGAUAGAAGAGAGGGUCAUCGCUUAUUUUAGUCGAACUUUGACCAGAUCGGAGAGGAAUUAUUGCGUGACAAGAAAAGAACUGUUGGCGGUGGUCAAGGCAAUUGAACACUUCAACUAUUAUCUUCAUGGGCUGAAAUUCCGAGUGCGAACAGAUCAUUCGCCAUUGCAGUGGUUGAUGAAUUUUAUGGAACCGCAAGGCCAAGUGGCUCGAUGGAUAGAGAAACUCCAAACUUAUGAUUUUAUCGUUGAACAUCGAUCUGGGUCUGCCCACAGAAUGCUGAUGCUUUGUCCAGACGUCCCUGCUUUGAGGAAGACUGCAAGCAAUGUACGUUAUGAAGAGAGAUUUCAGCUAAAAACAGUUAGCAGAGUGACAAGACCUGUUAUCAAAGAAUCCGAAACAAAUCGGGGAUCAGUAGAGAAAGAUAGCGAAACACUUCCGGUUGACGUGGAUAAGUGGAAGGAGAAACAAGGUGAAGAUGGUAACAUGAAGUCGUUAAUCGAGGCGUUGAAAGAUGGGAAAAAAAGGCCGCGGUGGGCAGUUGUUACGCCUUUCGGGAAGAAACGAAGACACUGUGCACAAUGGGACAGUCUUCGUUUGGUCGAUGGAAUUAUGUAUCGGGUUUGGGAACAUCCAAGGGCUAGUGACGAGACCUUGCAAAUUGUGGUACCUAAAGCUCUACGAAAACAGAUAUUUGACUUGCUGCAUGAUUCGAAAACGGGAGGACAUUUUGGCAUCAAUAAAACAAUCGGAAAGAUAAAAGCAAAAUUUUAUUGGCCGAAGUUACGAGAUGAUGUUAAAAAGUGGUGCGCUCAGUGUGAUUUAUGUUCUGCGAGAAAGGGUCCGUCGAGGAAGAUAAAGGCGCCAUUAGCUUCCUACGUGGUGGGAUCGCCAAUGGAACGAGUGGCUGUAGACGUCUGGGACCGUUACCAGUUUCGGAGAAUGGCAACAAGUAUAUUUUUAUCGCUAUGGAUUACUUUACAAAAUGGCCGGAAGCAUAUGCACUUCCCAACCAGAAGCAGAAACAGUAGCGAAAGUAUUGGUGGAUCAAUUCGUUUCUCGUUUUGGGACGUCUGUUGA